UAGUAAAAUUUUAAAGUAAUGUUCUUUGUCUAAUAUGAUCUUUACCAACGAUGUUAUCUAAGGAGUGUGUUUAAAAUUAAUUAUUAAAACCUUGAUCUUAACCUUUAGAGAUUCAUAAAGAGUCCAGUCCUCUGUCCUUCAUAAUUUUUUUGUUUUCUUGUUAGCUUUAAGUUAAUAAUACCUGUUCCAUGUGUUCUGGAAUGGCAGAAGCAGUCAGCAGUUGCAAACUGAUUGGCCAGAUACACUGUAUCAUUCUGAGUUGCUGAUUUUCACUCUGAAGUAGUUUUGCCGAUUUAUGGCUAAUGCCAGCUUUUUGUCUUAGCCAAUCUUUUCAGGUAAUGGACUGAGGGAUAAAGAGAGUGCAUAGCAAGUCUGCUGUCACAUGCAAAUAGGUGUGACUAAUUGUUUUUCUGGAGCAGUGUGUGCUUACUUGUUUUGGAUGGUAGUACAAAAGCCCAAACCUUUAGUUAAAUAUACCCUGUAACUUGUAUGCAGCUCAUUAAUGUGACUGGCUAGAAACCUGAUUUGUUCUUUAUAUUUUUGUGGCAUUUUGGCAUGUCUUUAAUUCUUAAACUGGUUUCUUUUGGAGCUUUAAAAAGAGAUUAAAACACCCUCUUAUAAGAUGUAGGAUGAAAAACAUUAGGAAUCAGUUGUAAAAGCAUCUAAAAUAAGCUUUUCACUUUGUGUUUCUUAAGCAAUAAUUGUUUUGAAAUUAUUAGACCAUGGUUGUUAGUCUUUAGUCAUUAGCUGGUUUUGCAGUGAAAAAUGCAAAGUUAAGUGCUUCAAAGUUUUUGGUGGUUUUUCUUUUCUCUCUAUAAAAUAUAUGAAAGUUAGGUACAGCCUAAUCCUGUUAACUAGAUUUGUUUUGUAGUAAUGCUGGAAUUAAUGGUGUUCUUUCAAGGAAGAGUGUCUCUUAUUUGCUGUAGCUUACUGGUGUAGUGUCUUCAGACACUGAGUGGGACUGGUGCUAUAAAUUAUUUGCAUAUAAAGUAGUUUUAUUGCUAUUCUUGCUGUAAGGUAAUGAUUCUCUGCUUUCUGCCCAGAUUUGGUUGUGACUUGGUGCAUGAGUCCAGUUGCACCUGAAGUCUCAGGAGUCUGCACCAGCAGCUCUGUAGGGCUUUGCUUUGGGUUUUCUUAGCUGUUGCUCACUGUGAAUGUGAGCACGUUUUACUGUCUUGGGGAGCCCCUGUACUUCUGCUUGGUGUUUGGGGCUGUGGGGAGGGGUGGGGGCAAUGCUGUAUUGCCUCAGGAUUUCCACAUCAAUGUGUUUCAGUCAAGCCUAUAGGCACACUGCUACACAAACUGGAUUUCCUUUAGUCAAGGGUAGAUACUAGUCUAAGGCAGUUCAGCUUUUCCCUUUGUGUUUUGUGUGCUAAUUUUUUGUACUGACAAAAUUCAUACUUUGAAGAUACUGUGAAUUUUUAAAUUUGACAUUUUAAAACUAGUAUUUAAUGUCAUCAGACUUGAAAAAAUACUUAGAAGUCUAAAGUGAUAUCAAGUCUUGAAAUCUGAAGACUUCAGUGAGGGCUGAAAAUCCAUGUAGCUCAAGGACUGGUGCAAAGUGCAUGUAAUGUCUCUGAUGUUUGAAAACCUGCUCACUCAAGGAGGUGUGCUCCUUAGUGUGUGUGCAUGCAAGUGGAAUCCUUGGGAGACGUGUCCCUAGGAAUGGUGUAGACUGUGAACACAUGAUUUGAGUAUCUUAUAUUAAAAUAAGAAAAAGGAAACUAAUUAACUAAUUCAUUUAAAACAUCAGGCAUGACACCUGAAGUCAUGCAUGCAAGUCAAGCAAGGACAGAAUAAUUGCCAUGGAACAUUGGUUUUAUGUAUUGAGAGGACAAAGAUAUGGGCCUGUGGGCACAGUGAUGAUCUUCAAAGACACAGUGGUGGGAGUUUAGUUCUCUAUCCCUGAACAUUUAUUUAUUUAUUGGACAGUGUGGGUUUUCAGUGUCAGUAGAUGCAACACUCAGAUACCCGAGUCCUGAAGCUUUCAAAAUACACCUAAGAUUUCUCAGUGUUAAACCUUUAGUGCUAAAGGAAUUGACUGAGAAGUUAAAGAAAUCCAAGGUUACUUCAUCCAGUUCUUGUAACGUCGUCUUGGACAAAAAGCACCAUUUCAGAAGGCAGAGAUACUUUUCUUGAUUAGGGUGAUUAACUUAACCAAGACUGGUAGGAUUAAAACCUCCAGCUGUGUGUUUGGGGAGAAGAGGAAGGCAGGAAUGUAAUGUCUGACUGUAUCAAAAAAGAGGCAGCAAAGUUAGCUGAGGUCUGUGAGUGUACUUCAGAAUUUAGCUUAGGGUUUGUGCACUGCAUUGUCAUAUGGUGAGAAAGGGCCCUUUUGCUGGCUAAACUGCAGUGCCUCAGAGGAUGGCUGAUUUUCUCCAUCACCUUGCUGUCCUGCAUCCAGGGUAAUGUGUUUUAUGCAGUCACUGUUACCUGUUAAUAAGCUGUAAGCUAUCUGCUUUAAAAACAAAAUGAAAAAAAUAAAAAUAAAACCCAGGUU